AUGAACAUGCCCGUUUCGCUGAAACAGUAUGUUCAUCGAGUUGGCCGUACCGCUCGAGCAGGUCGUGUUGGUCGUUCCAUAUCACUGGUUGGUGAGAGUGAGCGGAAAAUUUUGAAGGAGAUUGUUGCGUCGAACAAAGGAGAUGUAAUCGAAGCGUACAAAAAGCGAAUCGAAGGCUUCGAAGAAAGUAUCAAAAGAAUUGAGGAGGAGGAAAAAGCUGAACGCGCCUUGCGAUUAGCGAAUGAGGAAUUACAAAGAAGCGAAUUGAAAUUAGAAGGAAAAGAUGAAUUACGAGAUCGACGUCUGGCUGAAUUCCAAAUUCGCGCAGCGAAACGAGCCAGAAAAGGGAAGAAGAUACGAGCAGUUGUGGAGCAUGACGAGAGACCAAGCAGUGGCAAGAAGAAACGAAAAGCGAAGAGUUCAUUCACAGCCGAACUGACAGCAGUUGGCAAAAAAGAUGUGAAACGAUUCCGACACGGGUAA